AUGAAAUUCAAAUGUACCAAUCACCUCCGCGACAUACAAUCCUUAUUUAAGGCAAUACAUAUCACGGUCAAUGCUCGAACUGAAGAUGAUUUGGACAUUGAGGAUAUCCGAAAAAAAGUGGCCAAAUCUUCUGGUGCCAACUACAGCUUCCAUCAAGAAGCAGCAAAACCAGAACCAGCACCUACACCUGUGAGUUCCGUUUAUCAAAAAACCUAUGCAAAAAAAGAUAUCAGUGUAAAGAAACGAGAUGAGUUCUGGGCAAAAACAGAGGCCCUCAUGCAAGCUGAGAGCAAACAAGAUGAAGAGGAACGGAGAAAUAGAUCCGAAUCUCUGCGCAAAGAGAGAGCGGCCGAAGCAGCUUCAUUAGCUUCAAAUCCAUCUCCUGCUCGUCAGCAACCAACACCAGUUGUUCAGGAGGAGCCUGAAUCACCUGUCAGUCCCCCCGAUGACAAAGGCGUUUGUGUUCGAGCUCUCUAUGACUACCAGGCUGCUCGACUGAACACAUGUAAACAUGACCACCACCAUUCCUACUGUCCCCUCCCUCCUACUAAACAGCUUACUGAAAAAAAAUGGAACCACCAUUUUCCUACUGUCCCCUCCCUCCUACUAAACAGCUUGGUACUGAACACAUUAGAUAGGAUACUGGGAGAUUCUUCUCCCCUUUCUUUUCUUUUCCUCCCCUUUCUUUUCUUUUCCUCCCUUUCUUUUCUUUUCCUCCCUUUCUUUUCUUUUCCUCCCUUUCUUUUCCUUUCUUCCUCCCUUUCUUUUAAAGUUCUUUCUUUUCUUUCCUUUCUUUUCUUUCCCCUUUCCUUUUCCUCCUUUCUUUUCUUCCUUUUCUUUUCUUCCUCCCCUUUCUUUUCUUCCUCCCCUUUCUUUUCUUUCCUUUUUUCUUUUUUCUUUUCUUUCCUUUUUUCUUUCUUUUCUUUCCUUUUUUUCUUUCCUUUUUUUCUUUUCUUUCCUUUUUUUCUUUUCUUUCCUUUUUUUUUUCUUUUCUUUCCUUUUUUUUCUUUUCUUUCCUUUUUUUCUUUUCUUUUUUUUUUCUUUUCUUUCCUUUUUUUUCUUUUCUUUCUUUUUUUUCUUUUCUUUCCUUUUUUUCUUUUCUUUCCUUUUUUUUUUUUUUUCCUUUUAUGUGCUGGUCAUCAAAUACAUGGGACACCUCCCGAUUUCUGGCUUUCUCACCCGUGGGACACCCUCCCCGAUUUCUGGCUUUCUCACCCGUGGGACACCCUCCCCGAUUUCUGGCUUUCUCACCCGUGGGACACCCUCCCCGAUUUCUGGCUUUCUCACCGUGGGACACCCUCCCGAUUUUUCUCAAUAAAAAAUGACCCUCCCCGAUUUCUGGCUUUCUCAAAUUUCAUUUCUGGCUUUCUCACCGGACACCCUCCCCGAUUUCUGGCUUUUUCUACCGUGGGACACCCUCCCCGAUUUCUGGCUUUCUCACCCGUGGGACACCCUCCCGAUUUAGAAAUAUUCUCACCCGUGGGACACCCUCCCGAUUUCUGGCUUUCUCACCGUGGGACACCCUCCCCGAUUUCUGGCUUUCUCCCGAUUUCUGGCUUUUCAAAAAUUAGGAACCCUCCCCAUUUCUGGCUUUCUCACCCGAAAUGA